AAACACUUGUGCGAAGCAAGAGAAACAGCGACACCACAUAAUGAUCCUCUGCUCUUUGCAUGUGUCAACUGAGAUUUGUCUGCGAAAUCAGUCGAGUUCUGUUCGCUUUUUUUCUAAACUUUGAACACCAGUUUUUCCUCAUUUAACAUUCCUGGUUGAGUGACAUUAGCUGUUAGAACCAAAUCGACUAUGGCCCUGUUAGAGAAGUCACGACUACUGAGUAAACGAAACUGAGAAGUCUGGAUGAUUUAGGACUCGUUGGAGACAGUUAAAAUGGGAAAGAAAAGAGGAAAGGAAAGGAGCUCUAGAGAGGAGGAGGACAUUGACCUUUCGGGUCCAUCCUGUAGACAUAUCAAAAAGGGAUCAGACCAAACUCUGUUAAAGAAACUCCCUGGGAAUUCAGAUUGGAUGAACUGUCAGGAUUGCAAGCAUGAGGAAAAUAAACAAUCUGUUAGCACCACUCUGCCACAGGAGCCUGAGGAGGAAAAUGAAACGGCACCCAUUUGGAUGUGCUUGAAAUGUGGUCACAGAGGAUGUGGGCGAAACUCUGAGGACAAGCAUGCCAUCAAACAUUAUGAGACUCCUCGGUCAGAUCCACAUUGCCUGGUGAUCAGUCUGGACAAUUGGAGUGUAUGGUGUUACAUAUGUGAUGAUGAAGUCCAGUACUCAAGAACCGGACAUUUAGCUCAGCUGGUGACCAACAUAAAGAAGCAAGUCUCUGCAGACCCCGUUAAGAGACCACAAAGAAGUGUGAAAGAGGAAGAUAAGGUGAUAGAAAAUGAGCAAGAAAUUAAAACUGUGAAAGCAGAGGAAAGUGAAGACAAAGACAAUGAGGACCGCCAAAAGAAAAACAUCAAGAAAGAGAAUAAUGGGAAAUCACAAAAGCCUCCACCAUCAGAGGAAAAGGGUAGUGUUUCUGUUAAAGGACUGAGCAACCUGGGAAACACAUGUUUCUUCAAUGCAGUUAUUCAGAAUCUAUCUCAAACACCCCUCUUAAGACAGACCCUCAAUAAAGUGACAGAGGAGAAAAUGAGUCUUAAUAUAAAACCUGUUGGCUCCUCAGAGUUGGAUCCUCUCACGGUGCAGUUAGACCGACCUGGCUCCCUGACACUGGCUAUGUGUCAACUACUCAAUGAGAUCCAGGAAUCCAAGAAGGGUGUGGUAACACCACGGGAGUUGUUCACACAAGUUUGUAAAAAGGCUGCCAGAUUUAAAGGAUUUCAGCAGCAAGAUAGCCAGGAGCUAUUGCGCUACCUUCUAGAUGGGAUGCGAGCUGAGGAAGUCAAGAGAGUACACUCGGGGAUCAUGGAGGUAGUAAAAGAAUCCAGAAAAAGCACAGAUGCAGAGCAACUAAAAACAGUAGUUAAAGAGUAUGAGAAAAAUGGAUGUCCUAAAAACUUUGUUGACCAUGUUUUCGGUGGGGAAACUACCAGCACUAUAAUGUGCCAGCAGUGUAAGACGGUGUCUGUUGUCACAGAGACAUUUUUGGAUCUUUCCCUUCCUGUGUCAGAUGAGGCAUACCGAAAGAAAAACCAGAAAAAAGGUUUCCAGAAAUCCAGUGAAUCAAGCCAGGAUGGCAGAGACAGCCCAGCUUUGACUAAUGGAGGUGAUGGGAUUCCAACUGGGGCUGGCAGCAAGUAUCAGCAGAAGAAAGCCAAGAAGCAGGCAAAGAAGCAGGCAAAGCAACAAAAAAGGCAGCAGAAGUUUGAGGAGAGAGUCACUUUAGACAGUCUGGCAUCUCCGAACAACACAGAGAGCAAACAGACGGAUCCUGCUGAUGAUGCAAAGGAUGGGGCAAAUGCUGAAAAUGAAAUGCAUGAAGGAGAAAAUCCUACACAAAUUUUGUCAGAAGAGAACCAGAGCAACCUUGAUAUGACCCAGGGCAAGAAAGGCAAAGAAGGAGAUGAUGAUGAUUCACUGAUUGACUGUGACUCGUCAACUGUGUCAUCAGUAAGUAAUCGUUUUACUGUCCUAUCAGAGGAGCAGCACUCAAAGGACAGCAUCAAAGAUGACAAAACUGCUGACAUUGAUCUAGAUGGAGAGGAUGACACAGAGCUGGUGAGUGAAAUGGAGAAAGUAACCUUGAAUGAUGCUUUCAUCGAAGACUCGGAUGCUGUCGAACAAGACAUGGAGCAUGAAGAUGAGCCACUGGAAGCUAAAGAGUACACUGUAGUGAGUCAGGACCCGGAGCUGGCCUUCCAAACCCUGGCUACCAGAACAGCCCCUGAGAAACAGGAGUGUUCAGUACAAUCAUGCCUCUUUCAGUUCACAGAAGUGGAAACCCUCACACAGAACAACAGCUUGCUUUGUGUCACCUGUACUAAACGGCAAUCAAACAAAGACAAAGGUGGGGAAGCUAAAAAAAAUAUCUACACUGAUGCCUUGAAGCAGAUGCUGAUCUCCUCUCCACCACCAGUGCUUACCCUUCAUCUAAAGAGAUUUCAACAGAAUGGAUAUAGUAUAUGUAAAGUGAACAGACAUGUUCAGUUCCCCAUGAUGCUGGAUAUAGCUCCCUUUUGUGGGGCCAAAAGCAAGAAUGUGACAGAGGGGGAUACCCGGAUUUUGUACAGCUUGUAUGGAAUGGUAGAGCACAGUGGAACAAUGCGUUCAGGUCACUAUACUGCAUAUGUGAAAGUCCGAUCUGAAUGUCCCAAAUCCCCAUCAAACGGACCAACAGCACAAGGAGAUGCAGAGCUACCCAGAGGAUCCUGGUUCCAUAUCAGCGACACAAGUGUUCAGCCUGUGAGCGAGACUAAAGUGCUGAGUUGCCAAGCCUACCUCCUCUUUUAUGAAAGAAUCAUCUAAUCCACUUGUGCCUUGCAACUCAGAAAAUGCAAACAGACCAACCUGCCGCAUCUCUGCAGCAUAAAAGAUAAACAUUUGACCAACCUUGGCCUCACUUGUCACAGCCUCCAUCAUGAAUGCAAUGAAAUUAUUUUGAUUUUACAGAAGGGAUGAUUAACAGUGUUGACAUUUUUCUCACAGGGGUGGGAAGAAGUGUUUUAAGUAUUAAACAUUGUUGCUCUGUUUCUCACAGAUGAGACUAUGGCAAGAUGUGUUAUAAGGCAAGACUGGCAUUCAGCAUAUUGUGAUGUUGGGUUUGUGAUGAAAAAGUAUGAAAGAACCUUGGGUAAAAUAAUUGGUAAAUUCUAUUUAUACUUAUAUUUUUAU